UUCUGGGAGGCUAUAAACAUACAUUCAAUACUGAAUUUACUGAAUUCACUACCCAAAUCGCAAUUUCACCCCACACCCUCGCCACUCAUGUGGCCCACUGGCGUGAAAUCCCUUCCCUUAUUUAAGAUGGGCGUCUUCGCCACACCCCAUACAUUGCAACGCCGCUUUGCCCGUGAUACACUGUAGCUUUAAGGUUGUGUCCAGAGCAGCGGAUGAAAUAUAACAGGCUGUGAAAUGCUAAGAAACUGCCCGCUUGCGGCUGCGCGCCGCACAACCAGCGGGUUAGCCCACCUAAUUGCAGGAAUGCAACCGCUCUCUGAGUGACUGACUACACACAGCAGAAAAAUAGCCCAGGCGCUUGGAAUCUGGCACCGGCCGACGAUGCAGAUAGAGAGGGGGGUUGGGCAGGGCAAGACAAGAUGAGCUGCUGCUGGCAUUAAGAAGCAACUUUUGGCUCUUUAAAAAAAAAAAGAAAUUGCAACAGUAGCCCUUUUUACAUUGCACAAGGCGAGAGUGAUGGUGGUUAUUUCAGGACCCAAGGGAAACCAGCAAUCAGAUGAUACAAUGUCGGGUUCGGAACCAGAAGACGACGUGAGGAAGCCAGCUCUCAACACACUGAUUAUGCAAAAGUUCCCAGAGGUUGUACCACUGAAUGUAGGAGGCAUGUAUUUUACUACAAGACUCUCCACAUUGAGGCGCUAUGAAGACACUAUGCUAGCUGCUAUGUUUAGUGGCCGUCAUCAUAUUCCCACGGAUUCAGAGGGCCGAUUCUUUAUUGAUAGAGAUGGUACAUACUUUGGAGACAUUCUUAAUUUUUUACGGAGUGAUGACUUGCCCCCUCGUGAGCGAGUGAGAACUGUUUACAAAGAGGCACAGUAUUAUUCCAUUGGACCAUUGCUGGAGUGUCUGGAUGAGCUGCAACCCUUGGCUAGUGAAAAAGUCAGGAAGGCAUUUUUGGACUUACUGCCUUAUUACAAAGAAAAUUUGGAGCGGAUAAUUGAAAUUGCAAAACAGAGAGCAAUUCAACGAAAGGCAAGGUUUGCAAAAUUGAAGAUUUGUGUGUAUAAGGAGGAGAUGCCGGUGACUCCAUAUGAACGGCCACUGUACAACUCGCUGCGCUUUGACAGAAGUGAGAAUGAGACAAAACUCUUUGAGCAUCAUUGUGAAGUUGAUGUAUCCUUUGGUCCAUGGGAAGCGAUCGCCGAUGUCUAUGACCUUCUUCACUGCAUCGUGACUGACUUGGCAGACAGAGGCAUUACAGUGGACCACCAGUGCAUAGGCGUGUGUGACAAGCACCUCAUAAACUAUUACUACUGUAAACGCCCCAUCUAUGAGUUCAAGAUUACUUGGUGGUAACGGAAAUGUUGUGAUUAUUCUGAGCUUCCUUAAUUAUCUGAUAAAAUGUUAUAAGAAGAUGAACUUUGAAAGUUAACGCUGAAGGCACCGGCAAAACUCGGCAAUCCAAUUUCUCGACGUGUUCUGCAGCCAGGAAUGUGUCUUGUAACGAGGUGGAUGUGAUUAGGUUAUUUGCAAACUGGAGUGUUAAUAUACUGUGGCCAUUUUUUGUGCCAACGGUUCAGAUCUACUAAUGCCUUAACCUGAAUUGUUUGCAUGAUCAAGGUGUCUUUUUGAAAGCCUCGAAAUGCAGACAUACUUCACAAAAAUCUCUCCGAUUAGUAUAUUAUGCAGUUCAAUCGUUUCCUCAUUUUCCCAUGCAAGUACAGUGUGACGGUAUAAUGUGAUGGUAUAAAAAAUGCAAGGGAUAUAUAAAUAUAUAUAUAGUGCCUUCCAUAAACUCAGGAUGUUCCGAAGCACAUUAAUGCUAAUGUAAUCUUUUUGAUAUGUGGCCACUGUUGCAAAGUGCGAAAAUGUCUUGUCUGUUUGUGAACAACAGGGUCCCACAAAAGGUAAAAUGAUAAUGACCAAGUGAUCUGUUUUGUGACAUUAAUCAAGGCAUAAAUGUUAGCUAGAAUAUAUGUUGGUUGUCUCCUUCAAUGUGUCCUUUCACAUCCACAUAGGAGAACAGAUUUAGUUUGGUUAGUUUAGCUUAUUAUUGUCACAUGUACUGAGGUACAGUGAAAAGCUUUUUGUUGCAUGCUACCCAAUCAACAAAAAGACAACACAUUAUUACAAUAGACAAUAGGUGCAGGAGAAGGCCAUUCGGCCCUUCGAUCCAGCACCGCCUUUCAAUGUGAUCAUAUGUGAUCAUCCGCAAUCAGUACCCCGUUCCUGCCUUCUCCCCAUAUUCCUUGACUCCGCUAUCUUGAAGAGCUCUAUCUAACUCUCUCUUGAAAGUAUCCAGAGAACCGGCCUCCACCGCCCUCUGAGGCAGAGAAUUCCUCACUCGCAACUCUUUGUGUGAAAAAGUGUUUCCUUACCUCCGUUCUAAAUGGUUUGCCCCUUAUUCUUAAACCAUGGCCCCUGGAUUCUGGACUCCCCCAACAUUGGGAACAUGUUUCCUACAAUAGAGCCAUCCACAGUCUACAGAUACGGAAUAAGGGGAAUAACGUUUAGUGCAAGAUAGAGUCUGAUUAAAGAUAGUCGGAGAUCACCAAUGAGGUGGAUGGGAGGUCAGGGCCGCCCUCUAGUUGGUGAGAGGGCGGUUCAGUUGCCUGAUAAUAGCUGGGAAGAAACUGUUCCCGAAUCUAGAUGUGUGCUUUUUCAUGUGGGCUCAGUAUAAUAUCUCGUCUAAAUGCCCGCACUUCCAUUCUGCAGGAUUUCCUCAAUAUUACUCUGUAGUGUUAGCCUAGAUUUCAUAAUAUCAAUAAAGUCAUGGAGAUGUUGAUUUCUUUACAAGCUGUUGUCCACUUGAACCCUGUUCAAAUUUCGUGCUGGAGUGAUGACCUAAUAUUUUUCCCCCACAAAAAAAAAAUGAAAAAAAAU